AUGUGGAGGAGGAGGAAUUGCUAUCUGCUAUUGAAGGCCCUGGCACACAUCACCGUGUUUUUCUUCAUCACAGCAUGUUCAGGAGGUGAGUUGUCCGAAACUGAGUCUUUCUUCACUUUCAUGAGAGCCAUUGAUCCCCAAAAUGUGCUGAGAAUCAGCUGGAAUGGGAUAGUGCCACAUCCUUGCUCGUAUAGGUGGCGGGGAGUCAAGUGCAGUUUUCAGCCUCCUGCUGUAACACAAAUCAGGCUUGACAGGCAGAACUUUACUGGGACAAUUGAUGCAGACUCCCUUUGUGGGCUCCAACACCUGCAAGUCCUGAGCUUAGCAAAGAAUCACAUCCAAGGAAAUAUUCCUCACUCCAUAUUGAAUUGCAGAAGCCUGACCUAUUUAAAUCUAAGCAGUAAUUUUCUGACUGGGAGGGUGCCUGUGCCUCUAUUCAAGUUGAAAUAUCUCCGGACCUUGGAUAUCUCUAACAAUUAUUUAACUGUAAUUAUUCCUCGUCCCGAACUGGAAUUCAAGCAUCUAAAUCAUUAUUCUAUGAAACAUAGUGCAGUGAAGAUGUACAAUCUUCAAAAAUUGGCAAUAGUGGCAGACUCCGUGGCCCUAAAUAGCACUGACGCUGGUUCCGUCGAACAUCCUGCAGACCCAUCUAAUGGAAGCAAGCCUGGUUCUGGCAAAAGGAAAUGGUACGACAAAGCCAUAUACGUCGUACCAUUAGCUUUUGGCAUUGUAUUUCUCUCUGUAUUAGGUUAUUUUGUGAAUAAGAGGUUCUCUGAUUCGGCCAAAGAGAGGGAGAUUCUGAAAUCUCUGGCACAUUCUCCUCAGAAAACUCCUCCACCUGUGCCUCAAGAAGACUUGAAGCCUAAAGAAAGAUGCUCAGAGCUCGUUUUCUUUGUUGAAGAGAAAGAAAGAUUCGGAUUGGAUGACCUCUUUGAAGCUACCGCUGACUUACAAAGUCAGACCCCUAGCAGCAGUCUGUACAAGGUGAAGCUUGAACCACUAAUUAGUGAGUACGGAUUUUCAACAUUUUUGGACCCCAAGAGAGUUUGGUCCUUUUCCUCCAAUGGUUAUACAGCCCCUGAGAAAAUCUUGUCGGAACAAGGCGAUGUUUUCAGUUUUGGAAUAAUUAUGCUUGAGUUACUAACAGGAAAAACUGUGGAGAAGAGUGGGAUAGACCUUCCUAAAUGGGUCAGAUCCAUAGUAAGGGAGGAAUGGACAGGAGAAGUUUUCGACAAGGAGUUCAAUCACUCUGCGAGGCAAUAUGCAUUCCCUUUGCUCAAUAUCUCUCUCAAAUGUGUAUCAAAAUCACCGGAAGAGCGGCCAUCUAUGGGAGAAGUGAUGGAGAAGAUAGAGGAAGUAGUGAAUGCAAAUGAGGAAUUCACUAUUUCUUCUAUGGGCUCAAUACUAUCCAGUCCACCAGAGUGGUGCAUACUUCACUCUGUCAUACCUGAGACUUGGGAUACUCCUGGCUCAAAUUAUUGA